AUGGCAGCCGCAGCAAUAGAGUUUCCAAUAGCCCUGCCUAAAUGCCCCGACAUAUGUGGAAAUGUUAAAAUUCCAUAUCCAUAUGGCACAACUAAAGGUUGUUACCUCAAUGACACUGCUAUUUUUGGGUAUUAUUUUAUCAAUUGUACUACCAACGCGUACGGCCAACCUCAACCAAUGAUUGGAGAUUUUAACGUUACAAGCAUUUCCAUUGAAGGUGAGAUUGAGGUCCAGAUGUUUAACUCCCUUGACUGUUACGACGAGUCAGGCGCGCCUCUGGAAAAUAACUCACCAUCUCUCACCCUUCCCAGUUUCACAGUUUCCGCCACAAAAAACAAGUUCGUGGCAGUUGGCUGUGACACUUACGCAGAUCUUAAUGGUGAUCUGAAUGGUCAAUACUUCUCCUUGGGCUGCCAGUCCAAAUGUCAAACCAUAAACAAUGUAGUCAAUGGGACGUGUUCUGGAAUUGGGUGUUGCAAGGUGCAAAUUCCUGAAGGAAUGAAAAAUGUUAAUUUUACAGCUUCUAGCUUUAAUGAACACGAAGAAGUCUGGAAAUUCAAUCCAUGCAGCUUUGCCUUUAUUAUCCAAGAAGACAAGUUCAAUUUCUCCUCAGGUUAUCUCGCCAGUCUGCGAAACAAUAGAACCCUUCCGAUGGUUCUCAAUUGGACAGUUGGUAACAAGACAUGUAAAGUUGCUCGGAACAAAGCGAAUUACAUAUGUGGAGAGAAAACCAUAUGUUCUGAUCUCAACAACGAGUCUGGGUACCGUUGCAAGUGCAAAGAUGGUUACGAAGGGAACCCUUACCUCAAACACGGUUGCCAAGAUAUUGAUGAGUGUGAUGCUAAAAAACUCAAUAACUGCACAAGCCACCAAUAUUGCGUCAAUAAACUUGGAAGUUAUCAUUGUUCGUGCAUCAAAGGGUACCAUUCGGAUGGGGAGGCAUGUGUUCUCGAUCAAUUUGCUCCUAAUAAAUCAUCACUAGCAAUUAUACUCACAAUUGAUUAUUUUGGCAUAUACUUUGCUAUUUGA